CAGAGGCCCCAACUGAAUGACUUCAACGGAAGAGCACGGAAAAAGCUCAGUCUACUGCUGAAAGUGCUUCAUGUCGUGCUCAUCAUUUUUUUAUCACAUAUAUAACACUGCUUCCAUACGAUUCUUGUGUGCCUUCAUCAAUUGCCCCCCCUCAGACCCAUUCCAUUGAGGAUUAACCCAGUGAAAUCACCCUAAGAACAAUUCCCUCCAAUAAAGGCAUUGGCCCCUUUGUGUUCAAAAUUCCGGCAGGUGCUAAGGGACACUCAUACGAAAAAAAAGUACCGGUAAAGGUGAACUUUUCGCAAUGCUAAACGCGCCACUCAAAUCAAAAUUCCACUAAAAGUGCUCAAAAGUGGCCAAUUUGUGAUAAAAUAUCGCAAGUGUUUGCUCAAAAACGUGAAGUCAACAUCACCUUAUAAAUAUAAAAUCAACAUACGGCCUUUCUCGACCUUACGUAAUCGCCGAGCCAUCAAGUGAACCAACCAUCGGAGUUUAAACUGAAAGUGUGUGUGCCAUUUACAUUCAAAUUAUAAUCUCUCUCUCCAUACAAAAUUCUCGCUAAAUAUUCUCUGUUCCUGUGGACAAAAAGUGCCAGUUCCCACCCAAAAAAACCUCCCAAGGAAUGUUGAGGAAAGAGUGAUGUUUGAGGAAAGCCUUCACUGACCUCAUCCUUCACUACUUCGCUUCAGUGACCUCCUUCAGGAGAGACAAAGACACCUGAGAGAGACUGUUUAGUGCAUUAGUUUUUUUUUAAAUCUUUUGUUCCCGCUUGUUUUUCCAACAAAAAGAUCCCUGUGAUUUGGAUAAUGCAAAGAUGGUGCUAGAAAAAAGCCAGAAAAAGACAUCUUCUCAGGGGAAAACCUCUGUUAAGACGUCCAAAACUUCGUCAUCGACACAGAAGUCAUCAAAGAUCGUAUCCUCCUCCAGUGGUGGGAGUGUCAGGAUCGAGGAGAGUACCCACGAUACCCCAGAUACAUCCUUAACAUCGUACAUUGUGAGUGAGGAGGUGAUUGACCGAAAGCCCAAGGAGCACAUUAUCUUUGGAGGAACACAGAUCACAGAAGUUGGCUCUGUGCUUGGCAAGAGUGAAGAUGGCGGAAAAAUUACGGAGAAAUCCAUCAUCCGUGAAUCACCUGGAGUGUCCACAUUCACAAAAGUUGAAUCUGGAUCAUCUUCCAUGAGGAGUAGCACUCAGAAAUCAUCAUCCAGCAGCUAUGCUGUUGAGAUCAUUGAUGGUAAAGAGGUAGUGAAGGAUGCUCAGUCGAGAGAAUGGGGUUCCAGUGAUACCCAAAGUCGUGCUGAGGAAUUCAAGUCAGUGUCUGGGACUGGGAUAAAGUCAGAGACUCAGUAUGCUGCUAAAUCCGAUAAGGAUUCCAUAAAGUAUGACACAGGGAAGGCUGGUGCGAAGCCACUCUUUGAUCGUGUCCUCGAGACUGAAGAACGCCUUGUGGAACAAGUUGGAAAGGAAAAACCCAUAGAUUACCAUUCCCAGAGUACACAGUAUGAGACCUAUGAUCCAGCAACUAAGAGGAUCAUCUCCCGAGGUGGAGAUAGCCAGACUAAUCUCUCUGAAGGCAAAACGAUCCAUAGUAUCGAUUCUACAAAACUCCAGACAGCUACCAAGGGAGACAAGAUGGCAAUUUCUGUGGCUGCCCUCGACGGCAAGACUUCCUCAGUUGAUCGACUGACCGCAGAGAAUGUGGAGAUCUUCAAUAGCAGUCUGGAGAAGAAGAGUCAAGCUCAAAGUACCAGUAAGAGUACUAAAACCGCAACGGUGAUAACGGAGGAACGCAGAAGCAGUUUUGAUGAUGCUGCUUCCAGCAAUACCUUCAUCAUUGAGGAGAGAGGUCAACAGGAAAGACAAUCUGCGGUCACUGAUAGAAAUCAGAGCUCAUGGGAUGGCAAGUUCAUUUAUGAGAAACCACAAAUUGUCACCAGCAGCACCAGCAGUAGCUACCAGACUCGAGAUAAUGUUGCAGAUGCAACAACAACUUACAAAACUAAAGUCUGGGAUGACAAAACCAAGGCUUGGAGAGUGGUUAAUGAGACCACUGUCAAUGAGAAGGAUGCGAUGCUGGAGACAAGUCAUCGGUUUAAUGAUCAACCAGAAAGUAAGAUGAGGAGUACAACGUCAACCAGAGAAGUCUUAGAUAGUCGUGGACAAACUUCCAGUAAAGAAAUCACACAAAAUCGUGAUCAAACAUCCAAGAAACAAGUAACGGAUACUCGUACUCAGACAUCGAAGGAUAUCUCACAAAAUCGAGGACAGACAUCCAGCAAAGAUAUCACAGAAGUUCGUGGACAAUCUUUAAAAAGUGAUGUUUCAGAAAUUCGUGAUCAGUCUCUGACUCAGUCGUCGAAAAGUGAAAUGAAAAGUUCAAGUACUUCUCAAACAAAGUCAUCAUCAGCGGUUAAGGAAACCAAUAAGAGCUCAACAGAAAGCGUAAGCAAAUCUUCAAGUAAAGUCCAACAGCAAGUUUACGAUGAGAAGACCAAAACCUGGCAAGAAGUCAAUGAGAAAACGCUGAAGAGCAAGCGUCCUUCGAUCGUUCGUUACGUCAGUCAGGAAAGCGAUGGAUCAUACACUACGAUCUACAAGAGGAAGAUCUUCGAUGCUAGGACCAAACAGUGGAAAGUUGUGGAUGAGAAAGUGUUCAAGGAUCGGAGACCUCAUGAUACAAUUCCUGAAUAUCCUAUUGAUGACACAACCAAUCGAACUACAACAACUUACACAACGAAAGUCUACGACACGAAAACUGGCACGUGGAAGGUGGUAGAUGAGCAAAGUUUUACUGACACCGACACUUUCAUCCCAAAAGACAUUGUCCAGGAAAUUGAGAGGGAUCACCCUGAUUUGGCCAACAUCACAACAACCACAGAAAUUACAAAGAUCUUUGACGCCACAACCAACACUUGGCGAGUGAUCGAUGAGAAAACCUCAACAGAUGUCCUCGAGAGAAUCAUUCAGGGACCACAGCGCACAAAGGAUAUAUAUGUGCAGAAUAUAACGGAUAUUGAUAAAUAUAAAUCUGUUAAGGAUUCCACUGAAACUAACAUUGAUAUUUCAAACAGAACUGAUAUAACAGACGUGACUAAAAGGACAAUAGAUGAAUUGGACAUCAAUAAAUUGGGGAUCACGGAAAACUUGCAAAGAAAUAAGGAUACCGUAAAGAAAACAAGUGUUUUAGAUGAUGUUUCAGACAAUCGGAUCAUCAGAGAAGAGAUAGAUAUUGAGCGAAAAACCAUAAAUGAUACGAUCACUGAUCAUACAUCAAGAGACUCGAAAAUCACACAGUCAACGACAAAAACUGGAGGUCAGAGUAAAUAUGAGGAAAUUACCAAGAGUGAUGUCAUCAAGAUUUCAGAUAAAGUGUCACGAGAUUCUGCACGGAAUUUAAUUAACAAAGAACAGUGUAUCUGUGAAAUUUGUACAUGUGGCCGCCACAGUUGCGUUCACAAGACAGAAGAUCACAUUGUAAUCACAGAAGACAAAAGAAUCGAAAAUCAAACGGCUUACAAUCAAGACUUUGUGAAAAAGCACGUUGAUAAGUACACUGAUAUCCGAGAAAUAGUAAAGAAGCCACAAGAUAACUUGAAACUCGAAGGAGAUUUUCAGGAAUAUCGCAAAGUGAUAGAUGAGCACAAAAUCGUUAAAGGCGAACGAGCUGAUGUUAUUCGAAGAAAGGAUAAUCUAACAACAACUGGUGAAUUUACAGACAUCACUACUGCAAGAACUGACUUCACCGAUUACACCAUAGAAAGAGAACGCGUUUCUCCAAUUCGUCGGAAUACUUACACAAAGAUCGAAGGAGACUUUGACUUUACAACGACCAAUCAAACUGAGUUCAUUGACAAGGAAAUUCACUAUCAACGACCAAGGAAGAGAACUUGGACAAAGGACGAUGUGGAGAAGUUCUACUCUCAAACAGAUGUGACUAGCCAAACAACGAACCAAGAACAAUAUCGUGCUAUUAAGGACACAAAAGACAUAAGGCAUGAGAAGAAAAAGCCCCAAGACAACCUACGUCCCGAAGGAGAGUUCUACACACCAGAAAAGCCUGGAUACAGACCAGCUGAGAGACCGAAACAAGUCCGACCUGAAGAUAACUUGCGUCCCGAGGGAGACUUUGAACGUCCAACAAAGUACCAACCAGCCCCAGGAGAAAAAAGGACCCCUAUUAAACAUGGUGAUAAUCUUAAACCUGAAGGUGAUUUUGAUCGUCCUGAGAAACCUGGGUACCGGCCAGCAGAACGACCUCAACAAGUUAGACACCAUGAUAAUCUGCGCCCUGAGGGAGAAUUCUAUACUCCAGAAAAACCAGGAUACCGUCCAGCAGAAAGACCUAAACAAGUUCGUCCUGAGGAUAAUCUCAAACCUGAAGGAGAUUUUCAAAGGCCGCAGAAAUCAGAAUUCAAACCAGCAGAGCGUCCUCAACAAAAAAGACCAGAGGAUAACCUUCGUCCUGAAGGUGACUUUGAACGUCCUACGAAGUAUCAACCGUCUCCGGCUGAGAAGAGGACUCCUAUUCGUCAUGGAGACAAUCUGAAACCAGAAGGAGAUUUCGAACGUCCCGAAAAACCUGGGUACCGUCCUGCUGAAAGACCUCAACAAGUCAAGCCUGAGGACAAUCUCCGUCCCGAAGGAGAGUUCUACACUCCUGAGAAACCAGGUUACCGUCCUGCUGAAAGACCCAAACAAGUCAGACCUGAAGAUAAUCUGAAACCUGAAGGAGAUUUCCAAAGGCCAGAGCGCUCAGAAUUCCGACCAGCUGAACGUCCUCAGCAGAAGAGGCCAGAGGACAACCUUCGUCCAGAAGGAGACUUUGAACGUCCUGUACGGUUCCAACCAUCUCCAGGUGAGAAGAGAACUCCAAUUCGUCAUGGAGACAAUUUGAAACCAGAAGGAGAUUUUGAACGUCCCGAAAAACCUGGGUACCGCCCUGCUGAGAGACCUCAACAAGUCAGGCAUGACGACAAUCUCCGUCCUGAAGGUGAAUUUUACACUCCUGAGAAACCAGGUUAUCGUCCUGCUGAAAGACCCAAACAAGUCAGACCUGAAGACAAUCUUAAGCCAGAGGGGGAUUUCCAAAGGCCGGAACGACCUGAAUUCAGACCGGCUGAACGUCCUCAACAAAAGAGACCGCAAGACAAUCUGCGUCCAGAAGGUGAUUUUGAGCGCCCGGCUAAGUACCAACCAUCUCCGGCAGAAAAAAGAACACCAAUUCGUCAUGGAGAUAAUUUGAAACCAGAAGGAGAUUUCGAACGUCCCGAGAAGCCUGGGUACCGACCUGCUGAAAGACCUCAGCAAGUCAAGCACGAGGACAAUCUCCGUCCCGAAGGACAGUUCUACACUCCUGAGAAACCAGGUUAUCGUCCAGCUGAAAGACCCAAACAAGUCAGACCAGAAGAUAACCUUAAACCAGAGGGAGAUUUCCAGAGGCCAGAGCGCCCAGAAUUCAGACCAGCUGAACGUCCUCAGCAGAAGAGACCAGAGGACAACCUUCGUCCAGAAGGAGACUUUGAACGUCCAGUAAAAUCACAACCAUCUCCAGCUGAAAAGAGGACUCCAAUUCGUCAUGGAGACAAUCUGAAACCAGAAGGAGACUUCGAACGUCCCGAGAAGCCUGGGUACCGUCCUGCUGAGAGACCGCAACAAGUUAGGCAUGAGGACAAUCUCCGUCCCGAGGGAGAGUUCUACACUCCUGAAAAGCCAGGUUAUCGUCCUGCUGAAAGACCUAAACAAGUCAGACCAGAAGAUAAUCUCAAACCUGAAGGAGAUUUCCAGAGGCCAGAGCGCCCAGAAUUCCGACCAGCUGAACGUCCGCAACAGAAGAGACCAGAGGACAACCUUCGCCCAGAAGGAGACUUUGAACGUCCUACGAAGUAUCAACCGUCUCCGGCUGAGAAGAGGACUCCAAUUCGUCAUGGAGAUAAUCUGAAACCAGAAGGAGACUUCGAACGUCCCGAGAAGCCUGGGUACCGUCCUGCUGAGAGACCGCAACAAGUUAGGCAUGAGGACAAUCUCCGUCCCGAGGGAGAGUUCUACACUCCUGAAAAGCCAGGUUAUCGUCCUGCUGAAAGACCCAAACAAGUCAGACCAGAAGAUAAUCUCAAACCUGAAGGAGAUUUCCAAAGGCCAGAGCGUCCAGAAUUCCGACCAGCUGAACGUCCACAGCAGAAGAGACCAGAGGACAACCUUCGCCCAGAAGGAGACUUUGAACGUCCUGUGAAACCACAACCGUCUCCAGCUGAAAAGAGGGCUCCAAUUCGUCAUGGAGACAAUCUGAAACCAGAAGGAGAUUUUGAACGUCCUGAAAAGCCUGGGUACCGUCCUGCUGAAAGGCCUCAACAAGUUAAGCAUGAGGACAAUCUUCGUCCUGAAGGUGAAUUCUACACUCCUGAGAAACCAGGUUAUCGUCCUGCUGAAAGACCGAAACAAGUCAGACCAGAAGACAACCUUAAACCAGAGGGAGAUUUCCAGAGGCCAGAGCGCCCAGAAUUCCGACCAGCUGAACGUCCUCAGCAGAAGAGACCAGAGGACAACCUUCGCCCAGAAGGAGACUUUGAACGUCCUGUGAAACCACAACCAUCUCCAGCUGAGAAGCGUGCUCCAAUUCGUCAUGGAGACAAUCUGAAACCAGAAGGAGACUUCGAACGUCCUGAAAAACCUGGGUACCGUCCUGCUGAGAGGCCGCAACAAGUAAAGCACGAGGACAAUCUCCGUCCCGAGGGAGAAUUCUACACUCCUGAGAAACCAGGUUAUCGCCCUGCUGAAAGACCCAAACAAGUCAGACCAGAAGAUAAUCUCAAACCUGAAGGAGAUUUCCAAAGGCCAGAGCGCCCAGAAUUCCGACCAGCUGAACGUCCUCAGCAGAAGAGACCAGAGGACAACCUUCGCCCAGAAGGAGACUUUGAACGUCCUGUGAAACCACAACCAUCUCCAGCUGAAAAGAGGGCUCCAAUUCGUCAUGGAGACAAUCUGAAACCAGAAGGAGACUUCGAACGUCCCGAGAAGCCUGGGUACCGUCCUGCUGAGAGACCGCAACAAGUUAGGCAUGAAGACAAUCUCCGUCCCGAAGGAGAGUUCUACACUCCUGAAAAGCCAGGUUAUCGUCCUGCUGAAAGACCUAAACAAGUCAGACCAGAAGAUAAUCUGAAACCUGAAGGAGAUUUCCAAAGGCCAGAGCGUCCAGAAUUCCGACCAGCUGAACGUCCUCAGCAGAAGAGACCAGAGGACAACCUUCGCCCAGAAGGAGACUUUGAACGUCCUGUGAAACCACAACCGUCUCCAGCUGAAAAGAGGGCUCCAAUUCGUCAUGGAGAUAAUUUGAAACCAGAAGGAGAUUUCGAACGUCCUGAGAAGCCUGGGUACCGUCCUGCUGAGAGACCUCAGCAAGUCAAGCAUGAGGAUAAUCUUCGUCCCGAAGGAGAACUUUACACUCCUGAGAAACCAGGUUAUCGUCCUGCUGAAAGACCGAAACAAGUCAGACCAGAAGACAACCUUAAACCAGAGGGAGAUUUCCAGAGGCCAGAGCGCCCAGAAUUCCGACCAGCUGAACGUCCUCAGCAGAAGAGACCAGAGGACAACCUUCGCCCAGAAGGAGACUUUGAACGUCCUGUGAAACCACAACCAUCUCCAGCUGAGAAGCGUGCUCCAAUUCGUCAUGGAGACAAUCUGAAACCAGAAGGAGACUUCGAACGUCCUGAAAAACCUGGGUACCGUCCUGCUGAGAGGCCGCAACAAGUAAAGCACGAGGACAAUCUCCGUCCCGAGGGAGAAUUCUACACUCCUGAGAAACCAGGUUAUCGUCCUGCUGAAAGACCCAAACAAGUCAGACCAGAAGAUAAUCUCAAACCUGAAGGAGAUUUCCAAAGGCCAGAGCGCCCAGAAUUCCGACCAGCUGAACGUCCUCAGCAGAAGAGACCAGAGGACAACCUUCGCCCAGAAGGAGACUUUGAACGUCCUGUGAAACCACAACCAUCUCCAGCUGAGAAGCGUGCUCCAAUUCGUCAUGGAGACAAUCUGAAACCAGAAGGAGACUUCGAACGUCCUGAAAAACCUGGGUACCGUCCUGCUGAGAGGCCGCAACAAGUAAAGCACGAGGACAAUCUCCGUCCCGAGGGAGAAUUCUACACUCCUGAGAAACCAGGUUAUCGCCCUGCUGAAAGACCCAAACAAGUCAGACCAGAAGAUAAUCUUAAACCUGAAGGAGAUUUCCAAAGGCCAGAGCGCCCAGAAUUCCGACCAGCUGAACGUCCUCAGCAGAAGAGACCAGAGGACAACCUUCGCCCAGAAGGAGACUUUGAACGUCCUGUGAAACCACAACCAUCUCCAGCUGAAAAGAGGGCUCCAAUUCGUCAUGGAGACAAUCUGAAACCAGAAGGAGACUUCGAACGUCCCGAGAAGCCUGGGUACCGUCCUGCUGAGAGACCGCAACAAGUUAGGCAUGAAGACAAUCUCCGUCCCGAAGGAGAGUUCUACACUCCUGAAAAGCCAGGUUAUCGUCCUGCUGAAAGACCUAAACAAGUCAGACCAGAAGAUAAUCUGAAACCUGAAGGAGAUUUCCAAAGGCCAGAGCGUCCAGAAUUCCGACCAGCUGAACGUCCUCAGCAGAAGAGACCAGAGGACAACCUUCGCCCAGAAGGAGACUUUGAACGUCCUGUGAAACCACAACCGUCUCCAGCUGAAAAGAGGGCUCCAAUUCGUCAUGGAGAUAAUUUGAAACCAGAAGGAGAUUUCGAACGUCCUGAGAAGCCUGGGUACCGUCCUGCUGAGAGACCUCAGCAAGUCAAGCAUGAGGAUAAUCUUCGUCCCGAAGGAGAACUUUACACUCCUGAGAAACCAGGUUAUCGUCCAGCUGAAAGACCGAAACAAGUCAGACCAGAAGACAACCUUAAACCAGAGGGAGAUUUCCAGAGGCCAGAGCGCCCAGAAUUCAGACCAGCUGAACGUCCUCAGCAGAAGAGACCAGAGGACAACCUUCGCCCAGAAGGAGACUUUGAACGUCCUGUGAAACCACAACCAUCUCCAGCUGAGAAGCGUGCUCCAAUUCGUCAUGGAGACAAUCUGAAACCAGAAGGAGACUUCGAACGUCCCGAGAAACCUGGGUACCGUCCUGCUGAUAGACCUCAACAAGUUAGGCAUGAGGACAAUCUCCGUCCCGAAGGUGAAUUCUAUACUCCUGAAAAGCCAGGUUAUCGUCCUGCUGAGAGACCUAAACAAGUUAGACCAGAAGACAACCUCAAACCAGAGGGAGAUUUCCAAAGGCCAGAGCGCCCAGAAUUCAGACCAGCUGAACGUCCUCAGCAGAAGAGGCCAGAGGACAACCUUCGUCCUGAAGGAGACUUUGAACGCCCUGUUAAACCACAACCAUCUCCAGCUGAAAAGAGGGCUCCAAUUCGUCAUGGAGAUAAUUUGAAACCAGAAGGAGAUUUCGAACGUCCUGAGAAGCCUGGGUACCGUCCUGCUGAUAGACCUCAACAAGUUAGGCAUGAGGACAAUCUCCGUCCCGAAGGUGAAUUCUACACUCCUGAAAAGCCAGGUUAUCGUCCUGCUGAGAGACCUAAACAAGUUAGACCAGAAGACAACCUCAAACCAGAGGGAGAUUUCCAAAGGCCAGAGCGCCCAGAAUUCAGACCAGCUGAACGUCCGCAACAGAAGAGGCCGGAAGAUAACCUUCGUCCUGAAGGAGACUUUGAACGCCCUGUUAAACCACAACCAUCUCCAGCUGAAAAGAGGGCUCCAAUUCGUCAUGGAGAUAAUUUGAAACCAGAGGGAGAUUUCGAACGUCCAGAGAAGCCUGGAUACCGUCCUGCUGAGAGGCCGCAACAAGUAAAGCACGAGGACAAUCUCCGUCCCGAGGGAGAAUUCUACACUCCUGAGAAACCAGGUUAUCGCCCUGCUGAAAGACCCAAACAAGUCAGACCAGAAGAUAAUCUCAAACCUGAAGGAGAUUUCCAGAGGCCGGAGCGCACAGAAUUCCGACCAGCUGAACGUCCUCAGCAGAAGAGGCCAGAGGACAACCUUCGCCCAGAAGGAGACUUUGAACGUCCUGUGAAACCACAACCAUCUCCAGCUGAGAAGCGUGCUCCAAUUCGUCAUGGAGACAAUCUGAAACCAGAAGGAGAUUUCGAGCGUCCCGAGAAGCCUGGGUACCGUCCUGCUGAUAGACCUCAACAAGUUAGGCAUGAGGACAAUCUUCGUCCUGAAGGAGAGUUCUACACUCCUGAAAAGCCAGGUUAUCGUCCUGCUGAAAGACCUAAACAAGUCAGACCAGAGGAUAAUCUCAAACCUGAAGGAGAUUUCCAAAGACCUGAAAAGACGGAGUUUAGACCGGCUGAACGUCCGCAGCAGAAGAGACCAGAAGACAACCUUCGUCCAGAAGGUGACUUUGAACGUCCUGUGAAGUCACAACCGUCUCCAGCAGAAAAGAGGGCUCCAAUUCGACACGGAGAUAAUUUGAAACCAGAAGGAGAUUUCGAACGUCCCGAGAAGCCUGGGUACCGUCCUGUUGAAAGGCCUCAACAAGUCAAGCAUGAGGACAAUCUUCGUCCCGAAGGAGAGUUCUACACUCCUGAAAAGCCAGGUUAUCGUCCCGCUGAAAGACCCAAACAAGUCAGACCAGAAGACAACCUUAAACCAGAGGGAGAUUUCCAGAGGCCAGAGCGUCCAGAAUUUCGACCAGCUGAACGUCCUCAGCAGAAGAGGCCAGAGGACAACCUUCGUCCUGAAGGUGACUUUGAACGUCCAGUCAAAUCACAACCAUCUCCAGCAGAAAAGAGGACUCCAAUUCGUCAUGGAGACAAUCUGAAACCAGAAGGAGACUUCGAACGUCCCGAAAAACCUGGGUACCGUCCUGCUGAGAGACCGCAACAAGUUAAGCAUGAGGACAAUCUUCGUCCUGAAGGAGAGUUUUACACUCCUGAAAAGUCUGGUUAUCGCCCGGCUGAAAGGCCGAAGCAAGUACGUCCAGAAGACAAUCUUAAGCCAGAGGGAGAUUUUCAGAGACCCGAAAAAGCUGAGUUCCGACCAGCUGAACGUCCUCAGCAGAAGAGGCCAGAGGAUAAUCUUCGUCCAGAAGGAGACUUUGAACGACCAACCAAGGCUCAGCCUUCACCAGGUGAAAAGCGAUCUCCAAUUCGUCAUGGUGAUAACUUGAAACCAGAAGGAGAUUUCGAGCGCCCCGAAAAGCCUGGAUAUCGUCCUGCUGAAAGGCCUCAACAAGUUAAGCAUGAAGAUAAUCUCCGUCCAGAGGGACAGUUUUAUACCCCUGAGAAACCAGGUUAUCGUUCUGCUGAAAGACCGAAGCAAGUACGUCCUGAAGAUAAUCUCAAACCCGAAGGAGAUUUCCAAAGACCUGAAAAGGCUGAAUUCAAACCUGCUGAACGUCCACAGCAAAAAAGACCAGAGGAUAAUCUUCGGCCUGAGGGUGAUUUUGAGCGGCCAACUAAGGCCCAACCAUCUCCAGGUGAGAAGAGAUCUCCAAUUCGUCAUGGAGAUAAUUUGAAACCAGAAGGAGACUUUGAACGUCCUCACAAACCAGGAUAUCGACCUGCCGAGCGACCAAAACAAGUCAAACAUGAGGAUAACCUUCGUCCGGAAGGAGAUUUCUAUACUCCAGAAAAACCAGGAUAUCGUCCUGCUGAAAGACCAAAGCAAGUCAAGCCUGAAGAUAAUUUGAAACCGGAAGGAAAAAUGAUCAUUGAAAGGGAAGAUCAGUAUAGUACCGUAAAGGGAGAUCGUUACGAUGUUGUGAAACGAACUGAUAAUCUUAGUAUGACUGGAGAGUUUAUUGAUAUGAAGAAGAAAGAUGAUUACUCCAUGACUAGAGGUGAAAGAGCUGAGGUUGUGACUCGGGAAGACAAUCUUAAAAUGAGUGGUGAAUUUACGUCUAAACGUUCUUCUGAUGACUAUAAAAGCGUACGAACUGAGAAAGUCGAAGUUGUUCGUCAUAAGGACAACUUGAGAUUGGAGGGUAACUUCGAGGAUCAUCAUCGUCGUGAUGACUUUACUGUUGUCCGUGGAGAGAGAGUAGAAGUGGUGAAGCAUCCUGACAAUCUUAGACCUGAAGGUACAUUUGAGAAGAGGGACCAGCCAAAGUUCACUCCUGUUGAGAAGAGGAAGCCAAUUAAACAGAACGACAACCUGAAACUGGAAGGUAGCUUCUAUAGGCCAGAAAAAUCACCCACUGAAAGGAAAGAUAGUCGUCCAACACCAAUUAAGCACAAAGAUAAUCUGAAGCUAGAAGGAGAGUUUGAUAAACCUGAAAAGAAACCAUACUCUCCAGCUGAAAGGCCUACUAUCAAGAAACCACAGGAUAAUUUGAAGGUUACUGGAGACUUUGAAGGAAAAACCACUCAACAAUCGGAAUUCCGUGUAGUUCGUGGUGAGAGAGCUGAUGUGAAAAGAGUGGAAGAUCAUCUUAAUGUUGGAUCAGGAACAAUGGAAACAACUACAACAUCUUCUUCAAGUUUCAAACAACAGAAGAAGUCCCAAGUGGUCAAACCAACAACAACGAAACAGAAUAUAUUGAAAUCUAAUAUAACUCUGGGAGAUGAUACUUCUGUUUCUAGGACAACUAAUCAGAUGAAUUACACAGAUGUCAGACAGAAAACUGCUAGUGAGAAGACGACCACAGUGAAGGAGGACACGUCAACGAAACAGGGUCUCCAAGAUGGAAUGAUUGUAGUUACAACGAAAAAGGUUACAACGGUUUUGGCUAAUGAGACUCCCAACGAAGUUCCAGUUACCGAAGUUAUCCACACUGAUAACAAGGUUAACGUGAGGCAGCAUGAAACAAAAUCCUCUUCAAAUGUGAACAUGAUCAAGCAGACAAAUGUAGUUAACAAAAGUGAAGCUAUCGAGGAAAUUCGAACUAAGAAAACUGAAACUGAGGCCAGGAAAGAGAGAAUCAUGCAAGCGAGGAUCGCUAAGGAAAAAUCUCUACAGGAAUCAUCUCAGAAGACUAAAAAUGUUAAUUUGAGGCAGACUGAUGUCCUGAACCAGAGAACAAUAAUUGACAAUGAGGAAAGAACUCGUGGGGGAUCCCAGUUCAUUUCCCGUCAGAGUGAUAUUAUCAACCAACAGCUGAAUCUGAGGAGUAACGACGAAGCUAUUCAUCACAGCCAUAAGCAAUCGAUGAGAAGCGAUCAUUCGGAUAGCAGAAUGUCCUGCAAUGAAAGCAGCGAGAAGCACUUGCAGGAGUCACAGCGUCGUAAUUAUGUGGCUGAAAAGAAUGCUGUUAAUACACAAUACCAUCGUCGGAAUGUCCUCUCAACGGAAGCUGAUGUUUCAAAUGCUGUCUUCCAUCGUAAAACAACAUCUUCAAAUGCCAACGAAGCCGUCCAGUCCACAAGUCUAAGCUCAACAGCUGCUAUUCAGAGGAAGAGUUUGUCGAAUCUUCAUGAUCAGUCUCUGUACUCAGCAUCUUCAACGGAACGCAAGAGUUACAGUUCCCUUCAUCGUCAGGGACGCGAACACGAUAUCAGAGGCAGUACUUGGGUCACACAUGUUGAACAGCCAAGUAGAGUUAGCCACAAGGACAACCUGAGUAUUGGAAAAGGAGAGUUCUAUGGACGAGUGGAAUCUAAGAGCUAUGGUAACUGGACAAGUUCAUCUGCAGCCGGAGUUAGAUCAUACGAAGCUCCCAUUACUAAACGCACCAUGAACUCCUCAAGCAUCUCCUUUGGGGACUCCUCCGGCUUCACUGGUUACCGGAAGGAGUACGUACGUGUCCAUGAGGGACCCUGUCCAGCCGUACACAUCGACAAGGGUGCUUUCAAACAUACACGCGAUACAAAGACGCACAAGUUCUACUUGCCCGUGACCAAGAAAUAAUCGUCCAUUCCACGCUUCUGCGAUACAAUUAGUUCCCCGCGUAGAAAAAUAAAAACAAAAGCAAUACUAUACACGUUUUGAUAACAGGUGCUCAGAAAGAGUCUACUCAAAUGUUCUACAAUAUAAUAUUAACAGAUUUUAUUAAUCAUUCCUUUUGCUAUUAACGUUGACUCUGUUGAACGAUUUUAACAAGUGUUUUAUGUCAGUUAAUUAACAUGUUAUUUUUCUAUGCAUUUAAUUGAAAUAAAAAGUAUUUUGCCAUUUUUGAA